GUCCCGCAGUUGCGGAACCUUUGGGUUUCCGAAUAGCUGGCGCGGGGGACUACGUGACACUGGAGUAGAAAUGGCUCUCUUCAGCAGAUUCCCGAAUCACCUGUUGUGUCCCGUUAGUACGUCGGCGUCGAUACUGGGUGUCAGGUGGCUCCAGCCCCAGGCCUUGCUGCGUCUACCCGCCACUUGGGGACUCCCCACCAUGCAGCCGAGCCGGGGCAAGGCACGCGGGAACGAGUACCAGCCGAGCAACAUCAAACGCAAGCACAAGCACGGGUGGAUCAAGCGCUUGAGCACGCCGGCCGGCGUCCAGGUCAUCCUUCGCCGCAUGCUCAAGGGCCGCAAAUCGCUGAGCCAUUGAGCGCGCCGCCGCCGAUGAGACUCCCCAUUAAAGCAUUUCCCUGGCCUCAGACCUCUCUUGCAGCGGCUUUUGUGAGGAGGUUGGAUGGCUC